AUGCUGCGGAUCUGCACGCGCUACACGCCGGAGCAGGACACCAUGACCUUCUCGGACGGGCUGACGCUGAAUCGGACGCAGAUGCACAAUGCCGGCUUCGGGCCCCUCACCGACCUCGUCUUCGCCUUCGCCGGGCAGCUGCUGCCCCUCCAGAUGGACGACACCGAGACCGGGCUGCUCAGCGCCAUCUGCCUCAUCUGCGGAGACCGCAUGGACCUGGAGGAGCCGGAGAAGGUGGAGAAGCUGCAGGAGCCGCUGCUGGAAGCGCUGAAGGUUUACGCGCGCCGACGCCGGCCCCGCCAGCCCCACAUGUUCCCACGAAUGCUCAUGAAGAUCACCGACCUGCGUGGCAUCAGCACCAAGGGGGAGGAGCAGAGUUUCCAGGUGCGGUUCCGGCGGGCGCCGGGGCACCCCGUGGACCUCUACUACCUGAUGGAUCUCUCCUACUCCAUGAGGGACGACCUGGAGAACGUCCGCAAGCUGGGCAGCGACCUCCUGGCCGCCCUGCGCAACGUCACCUCCUCCGUCCGCAUCGGUUUCGGUUCUUUCGUGGACAAGACGGUGCUGCCCUACGUCAGCACGGUGCCCUCCAAACUGCGGAACCCCUGUCCCGAGCGGCAAGAACCUUGCGACCCCCCCGUCGCAUUCCGCCACGUCCUCUCCCUCACCGCCGACGCCGGGGAAUUCGCCGAACGCGUCAGCCGCCAGCGCAUCUCCGGCAACCUGGACGCACCCGAGGGCGGCUUCGACGCCAUCAUGCAGGUGGCCGUCUGCGAGGUGGGCACGUGGGAGCGCGCGCGGGCGAGCCCAUGUGCAAGGGGAUCCGCGAGUGGACGCACGGGCGUUUCUGCGCGCAAGCGUGCGGGCGAGCGGGGCUGGGACGGUCGGCUGCGUGCAAGAGCGUCUGCGAGGGGGCCUGCCUGA